UCCCGGUGGGGCGUUACAGACAGUCACUCGCGCGUCCCUUCCACUCGGAAAAACACGAUUGAUUCCAUUAUCGGGAAGUUCAAGGUCGGCGUCACUUUUCGCACCUCACCCCCCACCCCCUGGCCUGGACCAAUCGGAGGCCGCGUUCCAUGCCGUUCCAUGCGGCCGCACCGUGGCGCCAUCUGUAUCCCCGUUGCUUCCAACACCCAACCCAACAAUCGCAUCAGCCGGACGGUUACUUAAUUUCUAGAAAGGGUUUCUGCGCGUGCUUGUUGAUCAUAUUUUUGUGAAAGUCGCUACGGUCUGUUUACUAUUUUCAUUCGUUGUCGUGACAAAUAUUGCUACCAUUGACGCUCUCUUUUGGCGAAGGGCUAAAAAGAUUGACAUUUUAAACGUCCGUGCAAGUUUUUUUAGCAAGUGGAUUUUCAAUGCAGUCCUCCCAAGUGCAGCAGAUUCAGCACCAGUUAUCAUCUGGGGCCAGUGUCAUUUUAAAAAUGAGCGAAAUAUCUAGCAUAGCGGGGCUGUUGGAGCUGGCCCACCGUGAGUAUCAAGCUGGUGACUAUGAGAAUGCAGAGAGGCACUGCAUGCAACUAUGGCACCAGGAGAGCAACAACACUGGAGUCCUUCUGCUGCUGUCGUCCAUUCACUUUCAGUGCCGCCGGUUGGAUAAAUCUGCUAACUUCAGUGCCUUGGCAAUUAAGCAGAAUCCAUUGCUGGCAGAGGCAUACUCCAAUCUGGGAAAUGUCUACAAAGAACGCGGACAACUUCAAGAAGCUUUGGAAAACUACAGACAUGCUGUUCGACUGAAGCCAGAUUUCAUUGAUGGUUACAUCAACUUGGCUGCUGCUUUGGUUGCUGCUGGGGACAUGGAGCAGGCUGUCCAGGCAUAUGUAACUGCACUCCAGUACAACCCUGACUUGUACUGUGUACGCAGUGACUUAGGCAACUUACUUAAAGCUCUUGGAAGACUUGAUGAAGCUAAGGCGUGCUAUCUGAAAGCCAUCGAGACGAGGCCCGACUUCGCCGUGGCCUGGAGCAACUUGGGGUGCGUGUUCAACGCGCAGGGCGAGAUCUGGCUCGCCAUCCACCACUUCGAGAAGGCCGUGGCGCUGGACCCCAACUUCCUGGACGCCUACAUCAACCUCGGCAACGUCUUGAAGGAGGCCCGCAUUUUCGACCGGGCGGUAGCAGCGUACCUGCGGGCGCUCAACCUCAGCCCCAACAAUGCCGUGGUCCACGGCAACCUGGCGUGCGUCUACUACGAGCAAGGCCUCAUCGACCUGGCCAUCGACACGUACCGGCGCGCCAUCGAGCUGCAGCCCAACUUCCCUGACGCGUACUGCAACCUGGCGAACGCCCUCAAGGAGAAGGGUCGCGUGGGCGAGGCGGAGGAGUGCUACAACACGGCGCUGCGCCUCAGCCCGACGCACGCCGACUCGCUCAACAACCUGGCCAACAUCAAGCGCGAGCAGGGCUACAUCGAGGAGGCCACGCGCCUCUACCUCAAGGCGCUCGAGGUGUUCCCCGAGUUCGCGGCCGCGCACAGCAACCUGGCGUCCGUGCUGCAGCAGCAGGGCAAGCUCAACGAGGCGCUGAUGCACUACAAGGAGGCCAUCCGCAUCCAGCCCACGUUCGCGGACGCGUACAGCAACAUGGGCAACACGCUCAAGGAGAUGCAGGACAUCCAGGGCGCCCUGCAGUGCUACACGCGGGCCAUCCAGAUCAACCCCGCCUUCGCGGACGCCCACAGCAACCUGGCCUCCAUCCACAAGGAUUCGGGCAACAUUCCUGAGGCCAUCCAGUCCUACCGCACGGCCCUGAAGCUGAAGCCCGACUUCCCCGACGCGUACUGCAACCUGGCACACUGCCUGCAAAUCGUGUGCGACUGGACCGACUACGAGGCCCGCAUGAAGAAGCUGGUGAGCAUCGUGGCCGAGCAGCUGGAGAAGAACCGCCUGCCGUCCGUGCACCCCCACCACUCCAUGCUGUACCCGCUGACCCACGACUUCCGCAGGGCCAUCGCGGCCCGCCACGCCAACCUCUGCAUCGAGAAGAUCCACGUGCUGCACAAGCCGCCCUACAAGUACCCCAGGGAGCUGAACGGGCGCUUGCGCAUCGGCUACGUGUCGUCCGACUUCGGCAACCACCCCACCUCCCACUUGAUGCAGUCCAUCCCCGGCAUGCACGACAAGGCCCACGUGGAGGUGUUCUGCUACGCCAUCAGCCCGGACGACGGCACCACCUUCCGCGCCAAGAUCGCCCGCGAGGCGGAGCACUUCGUGGACCUGUCGCAGAUCCCCUGCAACGGCAAGGCCGCGGACCGCAUCCACGCCGACGGCAUCCACAUCCUGGUCAACAUGAACGGCUACACCAAGGGCGCGCGCAACGAGAUCUUCGCGCUGCGGCCGGCCCCCGUGCAGGUCAUGUGGCUCGGCUACCCCGGCACGUCGGGCGCCUCCUUCAUGGACUACCUCAUCACCGACGAGGUGACCUGCCCCCUGGAGCUGGCCAGCCAGUACUCCGAGAAGCUCGCCUUCAUGCCCCACACCUACUUCGUCGGGGACCACAGGCAGAUGUUCCCCCACCUCAAGGAGCGGCUCAUCAUCUCCGACAAGGGACCCAAGAAGGACGGGCUGCCCGACAACGUGGCCGUCAUCAACGCCACCGACCUCUCGCCCAUCAUGGAGAGCGCCGACGUGAACGAGAUCCGUGAGGUGGUGCGGCCCGAGCAGGGCAAGCCCAGGGAGAUCUCGUUCAAGGUGGCCGAGCUGCCCACCACCACCCCCAUCGAGAACAUGAUCGCCUCCGGCCAGGUGCAGACCUCCGUCAACGGGGUGGUGCUGCAGAACGGGCUGGCGACGCCCCAGGCCAACAACCGGGCCGCCACCGGCGAGGAGGUCCCGCAGAGCAUCGUCAUCACGACGCGCCAGCAGUACGGCCUGCCCGACGACGCCAUCGUCUACUGCAACUUCAACCAGCUGUACAAGAUCGACCCCUCGACGCUGCAGAUGUGGGUCCAUAUCUUGAAGAAUGUGCCAAAGUCCGUGCUGUGGCUGCUGCGCUUCCCGGCCGUGGGCGAGGCCAACCUGCAGGCCACGGCCCAGAGCCUGGGCCUCGGCCCCAACCGCAUCCUGUUCAGCAACGUGGCCGCCAAGGAGGAGCACGUGAGGCGCGGGCAGCUGGCCGACGUGUGUCUGGACACGCCACUGUGCAACGGCCACACCACCAGCAUGGACGUGCUGUGGACCGGCACCCCCGUCGUCACCCUGCCAGGUGAGACUCUUGCUUCAAGAGUCGCAGCUUCUCAGUUGGCCACCCUGGGUGUUCCUGAGCUGAUCGCUCGCACAAGACAGGAGUACCAGGAUAUUGCCAUUCGUUUGGGAACUGAUCGUGAAUAUUUGAAAUCGAUCAGGGCUCAAGUAUGGCUGACAAGAACAGAGAGCCCAUUAUUCGAUUGCCGGAAGUAUGCUCAAGGAAUGGAGAUGCUUUACGAGCGAAUGUGGGAGAAGCAUGCUCGUGGUGAGAGGCCUGACCACGUUCACGCCGUCAAGAAACAGCUUUGCUGAAUUCUUUCUCUCUAUAGCUUCACAAUCAUCUUUCUUAUCUAAACUUUUUCAAAUGGUUUGUUCGUCCUUUUAAUUGCUGAUAAUCCAAGCAGAUUGCUUUGUGCUGGUUCUUAGAUUUUUGCUGGUGUAUAUAGUUAUAUUUCCUGUUCUUGAAGUUUCUAAUUGUGGUUUAGUAACUUCUGUGAAGUGAAUGUCUUGUUUUUUUUCUUUAUCAUUUAUUUUACUUUGAAGGGCUUACAUUUGAAGAAGUUUAGGUUACCAGACGUUCACUGUUAUUCCACUGUGAUGCACAUAUUUUGAUGGUGGUGCUUAAGACUGCAUUAGAAGUUCCGUAUUCCAUCCUCUGUUCCCUUAUUUUGUUAUUAGUAUGACUGCAGUUAAUUUGCUGUCUGAUUAAUUUGAUGUAAUCAUGUCUUCUCAGAUGCAAGAUUUGACAAACUGUCCUUCUUAAAACAUUGCUUAGGUUUCAAUUUGUGUGAAGCUUGAUGUUUCCCUUUGAAACUAGUUAUGUUAAGGUAACAAAAAAAGAGGACCAGCAUCUAUGGGACAAAUUUCAGAAAUCAUGAACCAUUGAUGUAAUCAAAUAAGUGAACGUAAUUUGCCUCUUAUGAUGAGUAUGAUGAUGCAUGCUGCUAUUGUUCAACAAGUCUGAAUUAAUAUUUUAAUUGAUAUUUUUGACUAUGUUCUGGAUUACAUAUUGGAUGUUGUAACUCUAUGUACAGACAUAUGUUUAUGUAUGUGAAUGCAUACAUGUAUACAUUUAUACAUGUUGAAAGAAUCUAUGAAUGACAUGUUGUAUUUAUUUAUGUUCUUCAAAUGUCUAUGUUUCUUUGACAAAUUGACUCGUAUUAUUUGAAUAUUUUGUGUGAUAUAAUCUGUAUAAAGUUCAAUUUUCGUUUGAUACUGUGUCAAUUUGUUCGUGUCCAUUGUGAUUUUAUUUGAUGUCUCAUUAUUCUCUAAGUGGUACAAAGCACUACAUUUUGCAAUUGGGCAUGUGCGAAUAUUGCAGCUCACUUUGAUGUCCCUUCCUUCCUUUCUUGUAAUUAAUUGUCCC